UUCACUAGUAAAUGGCAUCGCACGUUUGUGCUUGCUUAAUUUUUUCCUUUUUCCAGCAAUAAUACUAAAUAAGAAGGUUAUGGACUCAUAAUUUGUUGAAGAUGAAGUCCGUAGUGGCUUACGUGCGAAGUCUACUCGGUUGGGCUGACGAUAAUCCAGCGAUCAGAACAAGCUUCAAACGCGACAGGGCUGACGACGAAUGUUCGUCUGACGAUGACUCGCCAGCGCUCAAAAGGCUCAAACACUUAAAAAGGACAAGUUUCCCUGAAGUUAUGGCCUCGAACGAUAUUUGGGAUAAAGAUGAAAAACAGGGCAAAACAGUAAGAUAUGUGCCGAUUCAACUUGAAGGUGGACCUAGUACAUCAACCCCAAAUGAAUCAGCCAGGUAUGGCAGUAGAGUACGAACAGUGCCUAUCCAACUUGUUGGAGUAUCGGAGAAUGGUUCGGGCACACCAGCAAGGAAACCAAGGAUGCAUACCCCCGUGAGACCAGUGGUCCAUGCAGUCCUUGAUGACGAUGAUGACGAACCAGAGGUGACUUGGAUAGAAAGUAAACCAGAGAAAAAGAAACCAUCCAAAGUAUACAUCAAUCUUGAUGAUGAGGACAAUGAAGUUGAUCAAGGUGAUGAUGUCAUUUUUGUGAAGAAAGUCACAACUCCACCUCCUGUGAAACCAUAUAAAUUCUUCAUUGCUAAUACCAACAAUGUGACUGAUUCAAAUGAUGACUCAGUACAAUACUACAAGUUAAGUCGUAAAACAAAUGAAAGAAGCUCGAACCUGUCUCCAAAACUCUACAGUAAAUUUAAAGCACCUCCAGGAAUAACCAAGACUUACAAGAAAGCUCCCACACCAGUCCCAAGGUGGAUGCAAUCACAGAAGCCUACAAACCUCUCACAAAACAUCAGGAAUAGAUAUCUAAAUCUUAAUGGAAAUGGCAGAACAACCCUAUCUGAAGUAUUUAAUCUAGAUGAGAAAAGAAAUUACCAAGAACUAAUUAGGAGAGUGGCAGGAACUGUGAAACCCAUAACAAUAUCAAAGCCUAUGGAAAUUAUCAACAUAGCUGAUGACGCUGCAUCAUUCCGCAUGACACAAAGGUCACAGAGGAGUGCUUUAAAUGAAAUAAAAUUAUUAGAAAAAGGCAUAAUUGCUGACAAAGAAAAUGAAACAACAAAGGAGUAUGACCCUAUAACAGUAGCUUCUAUAAACUCCUCUGACUCUGAGGUUGAGAUAGUUCCUUCUGAAUCAUCUACUUCUUCAGUCAGGAUUGAUCCAGUGAACUCAUUUAAAGAAUCAUUAAAAGAUAAGCCAGUUACAUCAGAAGAUUGGCUGUCAGAUUUGAAUUCUAGGUAUAGAAAGAAGAAGAAUGAAGUUCAAGAGAAAUUGAAAGAUGCACGGCGAGAGUCCGACAUCAUAUCUAAAGUUAAUUAUGAACAGAAACUAGCACAUUUAGAGCACAAAUUGAAGUAUGAGCUCAGCAUACCAGAGAGCCUCAUUGAGGAGCCACAGCCGACCGUAGAGCUGCCCAAACUUACACCCGAGCAGGAGAAGUUGAUUAGCAGAGCACUGGGUCCAGGACCACCUAAUCAGCUGCUAGUAGAGAAAUUUAAUUUAAGAAUACAUAGACGUGACCUCCAAACGUUAGCUGGGCUCAACUGGCUGAAUGAUGAGGUAAUCAACUUCUACAUGAACCUGCUAAUGCAGCGCAGUGAGGAGCGCUCCGACCUGCCCAAGGUGUACGCCACCAACACAUUCUUCUACCCUAAACUCAAACAGAGUGGUCAGGCAGGCCUGCGCCGCUGGACCAGGAAGGUAGACAUAUUCGCGCACGACCUAAUGGUGGUCCCUGUGCACCUGGGCGUGCACUGGUGCGUGAGCAUCGUGGACUUCCGCGCCAAGAAGAUCAACUACAUGGACAGCAUGGGCGCGCGCAACCAGGAGUGCUUAGACCUACUGAUGCAAUACCUCCGAGACGAACACAAGGACAAGAAGGGGCAGCCCUUCGAUGAGAGCGGGUGGAAGGCUGAGUGUCUAAAGGACAUCCCGCAGCAGAUGAACGGCAGCGACUGCGGCAUGUUCGCGUGCACGUUCGCGGAGUUCUCUGCCCGCAACGCGCCCUACACCUUCUCGCAGACGCACAUGCCCUACCUGCGGAGGAAGGCCGCGCUCGAGAUCCUGCAGGGCCGGCUGCUGCUAUAGGACGCUACAGGGAUGCAGGUACAACCGACGCUCAGUGCUACAGCUGAUUACAUCUCAUGGUAAAGGAGACCUGACUUGACAGUUCCUUUUGUAUAACGUCAAUUGUUCAGCGUAUUUCUUACCAUAAAAUGAUAAGUUCACUACUAUAUUCCCAAAUGCGGUAACUAAAUAUCCGCGUUUCACCGGGUUUUAUUAGACCAAUGAUAUCUAUAUCAACAUCUGUAAUAGUCAGUAGCUAACUGUGUUUGAAUUUUUUCUAUCUUGCUAUUGAUAUGUAUCAAUAUUUACAAUCUGUACGCGAAUAAUUCCAUAAAAUUAUAUGAAUGUUAUCAGCACAAAGUGAGCUGUAUACAACUGUAGUACAGAACCGAGGAUGUAAGAGGAGACAUGGACAGAUGACCAGAGUACACGUGGAGUGGACUGAAACAAGUCUGUGAAAGUCUGAUAUGUUUUGUGUAAGGAUCUUUCUACAUGUUGUGCUUAAGUUAAACAAAUUGAAAUAUUUAUACACAGUAUUUGAAUUGUCAAUGUGAUCCAGAUCUUUCUGUAAUAUACUAGAGUGUUUAACACUGGAUGUCGGGCACAAUAUUGGGGAGACGUCAAACUAAUCGACGACACAACAUUGCGGGAAAUGUUAUCGCAAUUUGCGUCAUGUUGUGCAACAUUAUGAAACAUUUAUAAACAACCGAACCAAUAUUGCUUCGAUAAGUUUGGAACUCCUUUACGCAUUCAAAUAUUGUUGGUUAACUCUCAAUUCCUGUUCUAUAGCGGUAACUAUGAUAUUAGAUGUAUUUGACUUGUCAACUUAUGUUUAGUAAAAUGUGUAAAUAGUAAUAAAUAUAUUGAUAUCAUUAGAACAGAAAAUGUUCUUCCAAACAAAACAUAGAUUGCUGUUUCUCAUUAACUGAUUUUCAGAUAGACUUGGCCCCGUUAUUUGAAAUGAAUCUAAUACAUUAUAGGAAUAAUCUGAAUUCUAAGUGGUCAUUAUCUUCGUCGCAAUUUCAUUCCAACAAAAGAUGUCGUUGUUCACUAAUGCAAUGAACACUUAGCUGGUACUACGACCUUCAUUGCCCAAACUAUGCCAAGUUUAAAUAAGAAGAUACAAUAAGGAAUUAAAAUAUUUCUUAUAAAUGUUAAACCAAAAAACAUAAAUGUAUUUAUUACAAAAGAUUCAAAAAAUCCUAGUUGUGAAAACACAUUUGAAGAUAUUCAGAGUUUAGCAUCAUUCUUACAUAAUGCUAUCAAAAUUUUCUGUUCGUUAGGUAUUUCACUGGCCUUGACAUAACGUAAAGUGACAUUCUUGUGAACAAAAUAAGUUAUUUAUAGGUGUUUGUUUGUGAUAAUUUAAUAAAUUGAAUGUUUGAGUCUUUUUUAGGCGGAAUCGAAGUGCUAAAGUUUGUGUUCUUGGUACAGAAGAGUGUGACUAGAGUAUGUAAUUAUAUAAAUGCAUUUGUCGAGCGACAUGUGUCCCCAGAGGCUCCGAGCGAUAUCGCCCCGCAUCGCACGACAUCUUAUCUCACGACUUUCCCUUAACCUCCUGUAGAACACAUUUCCGGACACAAUUCGGUAUUGUAAGGAAAAUUACGCUAAUUCUAAAACCAUUUCGAAAUUUCGUCCUUAUUAGCCUUAUUUCUCUAGUUUUACCUCUUAAAUCCGUCGGAUGGUGUUUACUUUAGCAAAAGUCGUAAAUAUAUUUAAAUAAAAUUUAAUAUUAUCUGUGUUCAUCACUAGGGUAAAGUGUUUUUAGAGUGUGCUGUUAACAAACGUAAUGAUCUAACUUACUGGGUCUGAGUACACUUACGAACCACCCACAGUUUGGGCACACCCUAACAUAACCUACAGUGGGACUAAUCAGAAGGACUACUCAGAAUAAAGGAUAUUAAAAUAUCGAUACAAACUAAGCAAAGACUAAAGUCUAAUAUACGUCAUUCAGCUUACUUUAGGAGACUUUAAAAAAAAGUGCAAAGUAUACUAUUUACUAAUAAUUUCAUGCAGAAAAGCAAAAAUAUUCAAGUUCGUUUUUUAAUAGCAUAAUCUUUCAUUUAAAAAUAAAAAGAAAUACCUUACAUACCGGAUUGUUAAACAAUGGGGUUUGGAUUAUUUGAAGAACUUUGGGCCUUAGGACCGGCCUUAAGCCGGGCGAUAUCUCCGGAGGCAUGUCUCGAUAAAUAAAUGUCCCCUAGUGGGGACGAAGCUUAUGUAGCAUAGGUUGGCCUGCCAUCAGCCUAAUAAAUCCAAAAUAUAAAGAAAGAUGCAGGCCUAUCAUUGGUUCAGGACCCCCUAGGAAGUAAUAAAUUGUAAAAAAGCUACACUACGGAAGAAAAGAAAGAUCUUUAAUCUAUAUUAGUAAAAAAUAAUGACAAAGCAUAAAUUACUUGUCUUCAUCUUGUUGUCAAGGCCAGAUUAGCAUUAACUAUAUUGUAAAAAUAAUAGUAAGUUCCACUAAUGAUAAGCUUCACUAAUUUAUAUGAAUCACACGAUAUUGUUUUGUUUCCACUAUGAUCAGUUUUAUAAGCGAUGGAAUAAUAAAUGAAAGAAUAUGAA